UUGCUGGAAGUCCACUGUCUGGUAACGUGCACGCGUCCCACACGUACGCGCAUGCACGUGUGUGUGUGUGUGUGUGUGUGUGUUGGAGCAGCGAGCAGAGCCAGCAGCAGCACACUGGCUUGCAACAUGGCGUUGACUCGCCGAGGGACACGACGGCUCUUCCAACACGCGUUGUUAUUAUUGUUGUUGUUGGGACUAACCCACUAGUUGGCGUGGGACCGCGAGGUCGCCUUCGGAGGUGGCGGGCAAACCUUUUUUGUUUUUAUUUUGCAAUAUUUACGGACUCCCCAAUCCCACACACCGGCGAGGAGACAAUAGCGGACUGACCGGCCAGCAAUGCCUCGCAUGUACUGUGACCGUGCGUGUGUGUGUGCGCGUGUGUGCAUAGACACGGACUAGAAGACCCACGCUGCUCCUAACCCACUGGAGGAACCCCCGCACCCCCCGAAAAAAGGCUGUACAUGGCGGUGAAGAGCGCCACUUGGAUCAUCUCUGCGCUUUUUCUCGUGUGUGCUUCAUCCAAGCAAGAUAAGCCUGUUUCCGUGGAGCUGAGCUGCGGGGCAGGACCCAGCCAUGUGGUGUUGGAGCCGGAGUCCCGCCUCACGCUGGACUGCAACCUGGGGGCCAGCGACACGCCGUUCAACAUCACCUGGUUACGCAACGGUCAACCGCUUCCCCUGGAGGGGAGCGAUGCCCUGCAGUAUGUCGCCAACCGAUCCCUCCUCUUGCUGCCCGCCUCCAAGGAUGGGCCGCCUCCCUGGGGUGUGGAGGGGGGUUACAGCUGCGUAAGUGCCAGCGCACAUGGAGCCCUGAGCAGCCGGACUGUUAACGUUCUGCUGGCAAAGCUGUCCCCCUUCCAUCAAGAGCCCUUGCCUCACACGCUACACGCUGGGGGUACAGCCCGCUUCCAGUGCCGGAUCGAUGGCAUCCCCACACCUGUAAUUACGUGGGAAAAGGACAACGUCGCCCUCCCCGAGCACUCAAGGUUAAUUUCGCUUCCUAAUGGGGUGCUCCACAUUCUGGAGGUUGCCAAGGAAGAUGAAGGCGCCUACCGCUGUGUUGCAUCCAACUCUGCCGGGAGGAACGUCAGUCAUGAAUCCCUGCUCACUGUCACCACAGGCUCUGCAGAAGCCUUGAACACAGUUGUGAUCGUGGCACCGCCUCAGAACGCCACGGUGGUGCUCGGCCGUCCCGCGGUGAUGGAGUGUAUGGCGCAAGGCCAGCCAAAGCCACUGGUGUCCUGGAGCAGACAAGACGGAAAGCCCAUUUCCACCGACGUGGUUGUCCUCGCCACAAACCUGGUGAUUCGGGACACGAGGCAGCACCAUGCGGGCGUCUACGUCUGCAGGGCCAACAAGCCCCGCACCAGAGAGUUUGUCACUGCUGCUGCUGAGCUGCAUGUGUCUGCCCCUCCGGUCAUUCUCCAACCCCCGGAGACGGUGUCCCUCUCCCGGGGAAACACCGCCCGGUUCAUGUGCAACAGCUCCGGCGAGCCCGCUCCGCUGCUCCACUGGCUGAAGGACGGCCAGCCCAUCCGGUCAUUCCGACGAGUCAAGACCCAAAACCCCGGAGUCCUGCUCAUCAACCAGCUGGCCCUGGAGGACGGGGGCUACUACCAGUGCAUUGCCGACAAUGGCCUGGGGACCGCAUGCGCCACCGCCAAGCUCACGGUCAUUGUGAGAGAGGGUCUCCCCAGCCCUCCUCAGCACCUCUCCGUCACCCCGUACUCCAGUACCACUGCCCUGCUCGCGUGGGAGAAACCGGAAUACAACGCGGACCAAAUCAUUGGGUACUCUGUGCACUGCCAGCGUGCUGCAGGUUCUGAUAACGUGGAGUACCAGUUUGCGAUGAACAAUGACACCACAGAGUACCAUGUCAAAGAUCUUCUCCCCCACACUGCCUAUACCUUUUUUGUGGUGGCCUACUCACCCAUGGGAGCCAGUCGCCCGUCCCUGCCAAUCACGGUCAACAUGCUUGAGGACGUACCCAGUGCGCCACCUCAGCUGUCAAUAGCCAGCACAUCCCCGACAGACAUCAGGCUGAUGUGGCAUCCGCUGUCCUCACAGCACAGUCGGGGGGCUGUUACCCGCUAUCGCAUUGAGUACAGCUCUCAGGAUAAAGCAGACACUGUCUUUUCAGUGGAGGUUCCCGGUAACGAGACCCAGUUCACACUCAGAGAGUUGCAGCCCAACCAGGCGUACAGAUUGAGGAUAGCAGCUGGAACAGGUGUCGGCUUUGGCGUCCCAUCCGAGUGGGCUCAGCACCAAACACUGGCCCACUACAACCACACCAACCACCGCAUGGUGAUCUUUGCGCCCACUGAGCUGAAGGUCAGAGCCAGAGUGAACACGCUCAAUGUCACGUGGCAUCCCUCGCCAAAUCACACGGCCAUCUCUGGCUACAAGCUGUCCUGCCGAGAGGUGGAUGCUGAGCCGUCAGCCAACGCAAGGAAGGCAACACAGACUCACAUUGUCAGGCUUCGGAAGAAGGCCAGGUAUCAUCUCCUCACUGGGCUGGUCCCUGACCAGCAGUAUGAAGUGAGCGUUUGGGCAUUCAACAAGCAAACAGAUGGAUCAGCUGCGGUGUGGAAAGGAAGGACAGAAAAAGCUGAUAAAGCAUCGUCACUGCCCAUGCGGCCGCCCCCCUUACCCCCGAGCAGCAUUCAGGCCACGGCCAACGCGUCCACGUCCAUCCGUAUCCGUUGGGAGAAACCUCGCUUCAGCACAGUGCGCAUCAUAAACUACACGGUGCGCUGCAGUCCGGCCGGGACCACCAACGCCUCCCUGGUCACCUACCACACCAGUGCCGCUCAGGAGAUUCUGAUUGGCGCCUUGAAACCCUUCACCCGCUACGAGCUGGCAGUGCAGUCUCAUGGAGUGGAUGGGUUGGGACCCUUCAGCAGCACAGUGGAAGAGUCCACCCUGCCUGACCGGCCUUCCUCGCCUCCGGAUGAGCUGCAGUUGAGCACGCUCGACUCAUCCUCAGUGCUGGUGAGCUGGCGCCCUCCACUGGAGCCGAACGGUGUCAUCGCCAGCUACAGGAUCUUGUACAGCGGCAACCUCAGCCAGCCUGAGGAUAUGUGGAAAAACCUCUCACAGGACGGGAGCAUCACCAGUGUUGUGGUGCGAGGCUUGUCCAGUGGCAGCCGCUACUUUUUCAAGUUGGGAGCGUCGACGGAGGUGGGGCCGGGGCCUUAUUCGCUUGUAAAGGACGUUCACAUUCCCCCUCACCAAUAUGAGUUGGACAUCCAUGCAGUGACGGGCAUCAUCGUCGGUGUGUGUCUGGGGCUUAUAUGCAUCCUCCUCUGCAUGUGUUUCAGUUUUCGCAACACUAAGACCAGGGGGCUAUCUGGCACCCUAGACUCCACUACUGCGACCCCCCAGUACAAAAGAGGGGGCUACCCCAGUGCUGCUAAUGUGCCAGAGUGCAGCGAUAGUCACGAGUUGGAAACGCUAAUGCCCUCCGCAGGCCAAGAAUGUAGUCAACCGUCAGCAGGAGCCCCAGAGGAGCAGAGCCUGAUGGCAAGUGCCAACUCCGAGGAUGGAGGGGAGGGUCUCGCACCUGAAACCAAGGCUGCUUGGAACGGCUCUGUGAGUCAUAACUGGGCCAACAGAAUCACUCGAUAUCGGGACACCGUCACUGAAGAGUCCCCAGGAUUCAUCGCUGGAGGUCUCCACGUAACUAACGAUAACGUGACGGACGGUCCAUCCAUGAGCAGUAACCAGGUGGAGGCGGAGGUCAUCGUUCACUCAGGGCUGUCAGAUCCAGACAGCGUGCAGACCAAGGAGAUCUGUGGACGUAGGAAGGACUCCAAAGCCACCUGUGGACCUUCAUUAGCAGAGGACAGAUUUCUGCCUCUGGGCCUGCCAGCAGAAGGGACAUGUCUCCCUGACAAACACUCGCUGGCUCAAAGCCCGCAGAGUCUUCCCUCUACUAAUUUGGCAGCGAACCACAACGGGGAGCCGGAAGACGGCGGGACAGAGGCGGGUCACGCUGAGCCAAAGCACAACCCGGGGCUAACCAAUGGCUUCCACUCCCCGAAGACGCUGCGGCCUGUGACGAGGUCCGGGGAAAACGGGGAUGUGAGACACUGUCCUUCUGCCCAUGCAAAGACCAUCUCUGGGGGUCUCUCUUCUGCCCCCUUUGUCAGUUCUGGCCUGGUCCACUCUACCUCAGUAGCACACACGUACUUGUGUCCCUAGUCUCUGCAUGUGGGACACGCUCUUACCCAGGAUGAAUGUUUGGACGCACCUCAUCAACGGAUCCUUUUUCUUUUGUACCGCUUCUUUCAUACACGAUACAGGAUAUUUUUAGAGGUAGUGUUUUUUGGGGUAUGCAUAACAACCAUACAUUCCUCUAGGCUGUGAAAGGCCACCUCUCAACGCUGGCCCACUCGUCGUCUACGCUUGACAGUGGCGCUGAGGAAGUGUCUCUCCAGCCUCAUGCUGUCUCAGGGUCACGAUACUGGAAUGUGCCAUUCUACGCCAUCUUGAACACUUCUUGUAAAUCUGCAGUGUGGCCCUACUACACCUUGGUCAUGUUCAGGUGCUCGUCAUAUUUCACCGGCAUCCUUAUUACAUCACACAUUGUGUUCUUUUGUACAGCGCUCUGAAUCAGUGUGUACAUUUCUGGUGAUUUGUGGUGCUCUGCUUGGUCCUGUCCUGCCAUCGUUUGUUGUCACGGUUCUUGAGAUGCCGACGUGUCAAUCAGUAGCACUAACUUGAAAGACGAUGUCGAGCAGCAUGAGACUUUCAUCUCUGUGGUCCACGUAAAGAGACAGUGGGACUGGACAAUCGUGUUGUCGUGACGAUACAUGGUCACCAUGCAGUGAGAUGGGUUACAACAACAGUGCUUGCUUAUCAAAUGCUACUUUUC